UUUUACCAUUUUUUUCUAGCCCCGCCUCUUUCUGGAAGAUCAUGAUUACAUAUCAGUUGUUAUGACCGUUCAAAAUUCAACCAUAUUGCCCAAUUUGUUUUGUACAUGAAAUUAUUUGUCUAUAAUUAAUUCGAUACUUUUAUUUCAGUGAUACGUUAAUUAAGAAUUUAUCUCUUUGCCUCGCAAUAAAACUACAUACAACAAAAGGUACUACAAUAUAUUUGUCUUAUGACCAUCUCAAUUCCAACCAUAUGACCCAGGCUGGCAAUGACCUUAACAUUCGACCUUGGCCAUUUGGACUUUAAAUAAUUCAAAUGGUCACUCAAGCACUUGAAAAAGGCAUUGUUUUUGUUGACAGAACCAUUUAUUUAAAGACUUCUCACAGAAUGUGCUGACAUUUUUGGAGAGAAAAACAACAACAGCUACACCCACAGCUAGCACAAAUAAAACUGACCAAUUUAAAAUCCUUUUAAAAUCUUUAUACAUGUACCUUAUAAAGUUAAUAAAUUGUGAUUACUGAAAUUAACUAUCAUUGGCACUUUAAGUGUCAGUGUUUUUAGCAUUUUUGUCUCUCUAAAAUGCUGCUCAAUGUGGAAAGUCUUUUGGUUACUGUUAAUAGAAGUGAAAUUGCAAAUACUUGGGUAUUUUAUGGUUCAGUUUAAUUGAAGUUUUUUUUAAUGUUUUACUUCUUCAGGAAACGGUCGAAGGAAUGCUCAACAAGUGCAAGAUAGCCAUAGGGAAGAAACCAUCCAAAAAAUGGGCGUCCCAAUAUGCAAAACUGGACGGCUCAAACCUAGUGUUCUAUAAGGACAAGAAGGCAUCAAUUCCAACGAAACAAGACGUGCACGGGAAGGUAGAGCAGAUGGUCUGUCUCGUGAAUUGUUCCGUGUCCAAAGACUCGUUCGACAAAACUAGCAAGAAAAACACCAUAGUGCUCUCAAAUCCGGACGGACAUUUGUUACUGCAGGCCGACAGUGAGACCUCGAUGCAGGAAUGGUUUAUCAAGAUACACACCCGAAUAGGAGAACUGGGAGGUACACCAGACAGCCCGGAUACACCCAUCUCAGGUCAGGACCAUGAAACCGCAGGGGAUAAACCCCGGUCCUUCCCCAAAUCGCGUUCGUUCAUCAAUCUAAGUAGACGCGAUUCUGGGACGUUGGAGCGUAAAGGAAAAAUAAAGAAAUCCCUGGAGAGUUGGAUCUCGAAAAGAAGUGACAAGAAAACACUGGAAAAUAAAGGCAUCUAUAAAGAAAACAUGUUUGGAGGUGAGAUUAAACAGAUUUGUGCCAAAGAGAAAUCAAAAGUGCCUACUUUUGUAACGAAGUGCGUGGAGGCCAUUGAGAAACGAGGGCUGGAGCAUGAGGGUAUUUACAGAAUUGCCGGCAGCAUGUCACAGAUUCAGAAACUGAGGUGUACUGUGGACCAGGGUGAACAAUAUAACCUUGAUGACCAGAUGUGGGAUGUACACGUGCUCUGCGGAACCCUAAAACUGUUCUUUAGGGAGCUAAAGGACCCUUUGUUCACAUACGCCCUGUUUGAUAAGUUCCUUAAGGGGUUUUUGUCCGAGAAGGCAGCUGAGAGAUUUAAACAGAUCAAGUCUGUCAUGGACGAGCUUCCUAGACACAACUAUGACACCAUCAAGGCCCUCUUCAAACAUUUCUGCAAUGUCAUGGAUUUACAAAAGGAAAACAAGAUGGCUGCUCAUCAACUCGCCAUAGUUUUCGGGCCAACGUUGAUAUGGCCUGACCCGCAAACAACAUCUAUGCAACUGGCCACUAGCUUAGUCUACCAGAGCCAAAUUGUGGAGUUUGUGCUUUUAGAAUACAAGAACAUUUUUAGAUGAAACUGAAAUCGCGAACUAUUAAAAAUCCAUUUUUUAAAGUUUGUGCUGUCAGAGUACAAAAACAUUUUGUAUUCCCUCACUAGAAUACAAGAACCUUUAUAGAUGAAGCUGAACAAAUUGAACUAUUGAAAUUAAAAAAUUUUGCCCUGUCAGAGUACAAAAAAGAUUUUGUUUCCCAUCAGCGAUUGAUUGAUUGAUUAUGAUAGGAUAUGAAAAUGCGAUAUCAUUUUUAGAUAUUCUAAAAUUCUGAACUUUCCUCUGCUAAUUCUUACCAAGGUAGCUGUGGCAUAGUGGAUAUGAUGUCCGCCUAGCGACCGGGAGGUCAUGGGUUCGAUACCCACUGUGAGAGCAUUCUUUUUAUCUCAUUCAAAGACAUUUAAGUACUGGCUCCACCCAGGAAACCGACUCGAGAGCAUUUCAAUAAGCAUUAGGCUUUCAACGCAUUUUAGCUCAAAUAAUUAAGGUUAAAUUAAUGCUUGAUAAUGAGAAGCAGGAGGCUGGCACUGCUGUCUGGAAACAAAAGAAAGUUUGUGCUCUUAGUAUAUGAGACGUUUUCUGAUGAAACUAAAAUUAUUAACAUUCCAUCAGUGAGCCACUUUUGUGAUAAAGUCUUGUUCAGGCUCUUUUUUAAAAAUUAAAAUUACAUACUACAUAGUCAAGUUUAGUAAAAAGCAACACAAUGUCAUCCUCAUUUUUUCAAUCUAAAUAUGUUCAUAAACACAGGGCAUUUUAUGAUUAUGUAUUACUGUGCCUAAUUCAUAUCAUUCUGUCUGGAGUGUUUUGUGCUAAAUAUAAAGUGUACUGUUAAUGGAGAAUUUCUCUUUACAUAAUGUUAUCUGUUAUUUGUAAAAUUAAUCAUUUUAAGAUUGUGAUUGAUUGUGAACAAACUACUAUUUUAAGAUUUCAUUCAAGCAUCAAAACUAAAUGCGUGUGUCAGGGCUCCGCCUACAAUCAAAUUUGAAGGAAGAAGUUUUAUUUUAUGCUUUCUGAUGGUUUAUAGAGUAAUAUUAGUGAAUUAAUACUGAUAUUUUACUAAUUCAAACAGUGAAAAAUAACAUAUUUUUAGAUAUUUUUGGUUUCCCCAUGAUGACCCCCCCAAUGUUACCAAGGGUGAUUACUCUGCAUUGAAGUUUAUAAAAACAAGCUUCCCUUGAACAUACAUGUAAUAACAUUUCAGGGCGCACAAAGGGGAAUUAUAUUGUUCGGAAUGGCAAAAAUACAAAAAUAAUCGUUUGAAUGCAUAAAAGAAAAAAUGUUUGAUUUGGUGGAAUUCACAUGUGAUCAUAGAAAAAUAUAUUUUCACAAGUGGUGCAUAUCAUUUUCUAUGAUCACUAAUGAAUUAAAUCGAUAUUCCACCAAAAACAACAAAUAUCCUCUGUGUGUCCCACAUCUCCCUCACGGCUGAGUCUUGACUGUGUGAAAUAAUUUGUUAUCAUUAAUGUGGGAACAAUUUGUAAAAUAAAUACUAUUCACUAUUGUUGAAUUGUAAGCAUGUUAAUUACAUGCGUGUGUUGUGUUAAAGAAUGUCUACAAAAUCCAUGUACGAAAUAUGAGUCAAAUUUGUCUACAAAAUCCAUGGACGAAAUACAAGUCAAAUUUGACAUAUAUAUAGAUAUAUUGAUGUUUCUCACAUAUUGUGCUAAAUCUGCAAAUCAUUUCAAGUAUUCUGUGUUUUUGUUUAUUGGUUAAUGUUUUUUUACAAUCUGAAAACUGGUUAUUCAGUCAUGCUUGUACGGUCAAGUGAAAUUAUAUGUAUUUGUUAAUUAAUAUAAGAACUAUUUUUUAUACUUCUUUACUCAGUAUUUGCAUAUCACUUUUAAUGAACAUUCCAUUUUAUAUGACUAUAGCGAUAUAUUAUCUAAAUAUGUAUUAAACAUUUACAAUUGUAAAAGAGAUGAUUUUUAAUAGGGAGAAAAAACUUUUGAAGUCAUAAACGUCCGCAGCAGCCUACAUUGGGCAUUAAAUUUGUAGUCAAAAAAGAUUUCUUUAUGGGGAUAUUACACUGAAGUAAUUAACGUUAGCAGAAGCCCCCCCCCCCCCCCCUCCCCCCCCCCCCCCCAAAAUAAUUAAUGUCAAAGUGCAUUAUAAGGGCUUUUGAUAUCAUUACGAUAUGAUAAAUAUGAUAUUAUGUGAAAUGUGUUGUACAGAAAUCAUAAUUUAAAGGUGAUUGGUACUCAGUAUGAAUAUUUUUGUACUGAACUUUUUAUUUCAUAUGCAAAAAACUUGUUAUUUUGCAUGUAUAUUUUUUUUCUUAUAAAAUGUUUAAAUUGCCUAUUUGAUUUUGGUCCUUUGCAUGCUAAUUAUUCUAGAAUUAAUUUUCAGAAUAUAUUCUAGAUUAAAAUACUCGCCUAAAAUGAAUUUUUUUUAAUGGAUAGUAAUGUCAUCUAUUCAUUCUACCGUUCCCCCUCAUUUAAAUGGAAUUGUUUUGUUCAAAGGAGCUGAUAGUCUUAUUUCUUUUUUGUACAGAGUUUUUUUUAUAUUUUAAUGCUACAAAAGCCAAUCAUAUCAUUAUUGUGCAACAUUCCAUUGCGUUUCUUAAAAAUGUAUGCUAUGGUAACAGUUAAAUUAUUAUUAAAAUUGUGUUCAAUCAUACUUUCAAAUAAAUCCCUAUAUUUUCCAUGUAUUAAAAGUAAAGACAUUCCAUUUCUAUGUGCCUUCCAAGCAUGAACUUUUUGGUAUUUUUUCACAGUGUGUUAACGUGCUAUUCAUUUUCAUAAACAUCUGGUUUAAAGUAAUUGGAAAUAAAAAAAUUGGUAAAAUAUUUGGGCCCAUCUCUGGUAAAAUGGGGUUACAUGCCAGUAAGUAGUGUCCCAGAAUAGCCUGGUUUCACAGUAUUGUAGAUUGAUUUAUUACCAUGGUAGACUGUCAUCAAUAUAGUCACUAAACUUAUGAUGUAUACUCCAUAUGUUAUAGGUAUAAGAAACAAUUGAACGCUGUAGUUUGUGCCAGUAUGGUUUACAAGUGUGACAUUGAUCCACCGUUAAUUAAAGUUUAAUAGCCAUACAUUUUGAAAAUAAGUUGAAACGCUCUUAUUGAAUAUAUUUGCCCCCAGUAGAUUGAUUUCUUUGUACACUUUGUAAUGUGCUGGCACAGAAAAAUGGUUGUUGGUGUGUUCAGACAAAUUUUAAAUUGAGGGAGAUAAAGUACAUUAGAACUGUUACCGUAAUUUAAAAAACAUAGUUCUUUCUUUCUCAUCAAUAAAUCGUCGCUGUCGUUCUCAAACCUCGUAGCUACAAAAUGCCAACUUUUCAGGAGAGAGAAAAAACCGUCUCAUUUUUUUAUAGGAAACCUUGUAGUUGCAAAUAAAAAAUUUUAAAAAAACGUUUUUGUCAAAUUUGUCCAAACAAAACGACGUACCUAUAGGUGAAAUGGCGUCGCUACGACUUUUUGCGGGGAAAAAAGCCAACAAUCAUUCUACAACAUUUUGUCACGUCACAUGGCUUUUUCAAGAGCUCUGAUUGGCCUAGAGCCACGAGAUAUAGCACAAAACACAGGCCAGACUUCAUAUAUUCGGAAAAGACGAAAAAAAUAUUUUGAAAAUUUUGGAGCUACAAGGUUUGAGAAUGACAGCGACGAUAUUAUAGUUUGAUAACUCUUAUAUUGCAACUUAAAUUGAAAUACAUGCAAACCAUCUGGGCAAAUUAUUUCCUGAUAGUGUUGUUGCCCUUGACAAUUUUCAGUUGAAGAUAAUUCAAUAAAUAAUUCAUUGCUACCUAUGUUUAAUAACAGUCAUAUUUUAAAAUCUGUAAAGGGCUGUUUUAUGUAUUUUAUUGAGCUCAUCUGAGCGCAAUGUGCAACUAAACAAAAACCUGUACUUGUUUUGGUCAAAACUUAUAAAUAUGUAAUAGUGUGUAUAAUUAAUUGAUCAGAUUCAGGUUAAAGGAUUUUAGUUAUUAGAAUCAUAAACAUUGUAAUGCUAAAAAAAGACCUUAAAAAAACACUCAUAGAAAAUAUGUACUAAAUAUUUACUGUAUUUGCUAUGAAUUAAAAUUAUUGUAUAAGAAAUUUUGGCUGUGUAUUGAUGUAUUCACAAUUAUAACUUUGUUUUUCCGUUAAUAAGCUAUGUGAUGUAUUCCAAGUAUUUUUGUUGAUUACAAUGCACUUGUAUCACUUUUAUUAAGUGGAUUGUGCUCUGUGAAAAGGGAGUUAAAUGCAUGUGUGUUAAGUGUCAUCCAAGAUUAGCCUGUGCAGUCCGCAAAGGUUAAUCAGGAAGAAAACUUUCCACUGUAAUAAUAUUUUUCGUUUAAAGAAAGUCUCUUCUUAGCAAAAAUCCAGUUAAGCUGUAAAGUGUCUUCCCUGAUUAGCCUGUGCAGACAGCACAGGCUUAUCUGGGACAACACUUUAUGCACAUGCAUUUAACCCCUUUUUUCACAGAGCACAGAGUAUUUUAAAUUGCAUUGUUGAUGGAUAUUGACACAAAGCUUUCAUAGCCAAAUAUUAUUAUGUAUCAUUUGAGAGUAUAUAAUUAUUAUAAUAAUGUAAGUAAAUUCCGAUGUUGAAAAGA